AUGUCUGACAUGGAACUGACCGACGAAGAGGGGGGAUGCCUGGAAGAGGUAAGGGCGGGUGCACCGGCGGCGGGGGUCCCAGAGGGGGACACCGUCGCCAAGGUACAAAAGAGGAAGAGGGUGGACGGUCCAGAGGAGGAAGGCAUUUCUGAAUGCUCCUCCUUUGGUAUUUCAUCCUUUCCUCAAAAGGCAAGGAAUAUUGGUAGGGACCUGGACGCGCUCCUUCUGGCAGAGAAGGAGAAGCGAAAGAUUUCGGCGGCCGCUCUGCGGACAAUCUUGGAGAUCAGGGAAAGGUAUGAGGCCUUGCUCGAUGAGGCCUAUAGGCAGAACACGGUUCUGCAAGGUAGGGUCGAGGAGGCGAGGCGGUCUCAGUCGAGACCUGAGGUGCGCGAGGUUGUGGUGGAGAGGACGGUUGCGCCAUCUCCGCCCAAGAAGAAGAAGAAGGUUGAGGACAAGGCCAAGGCCAAGUCUGCGGCUGCUAAGGAGAAGGUGAAGGGAAAGGUAAAGGAGCAGCCGUUUGUGGAGGUUGUGAGCAGGAAGAGCAAAAGGAAAAAGAAGAAGAAGAAGAAGAAUGAGGAGAAGCCCAAGGAGCAGACGAGAGUGGCCAUCACCACCUCCAAGAAGGUGGCUAAGGCCAUCGAGAGGGAGAAGGCGAGGGCUCCGGCCCGCGCCUUCGUCGUCUCGGUGGGGGCUGCUGGGGCCAGUGAGGCCAAGAAACAGCUCUGGGCCGAUCUGGUCAAGGGGGUGGCGGUGCCCAAGCUUGGCGGCUCUGCGAAGCUCCCGAGAGGAGAUCUGGUGGUUAGGCCGGCUGACGAGGCCACGUAUGCGGCCUUGAAGGCCAUGGAAAAAGACGGUAAGGGUGUGAGAGAGGAGAGUGCGAGAUGGCCGACCGUACUAGUGUAUGACGUGGAUAGGGAAAUUCCUAAGGAGAAGCUCGCGGGCCAGAUCGUGGAUCAGAACCCGGAGCUUGGUCUGGACAAGGAGGCCGUGGUCCCCCUCUUCAUGAAGGGGCCCAAGACGGACGAGCUUGUUUGGUGGGUCUGCUCGGUUAGACCAAGCGCCUUCAAGACUCUGGUAGGAAAGAGUCUUUUCAUCGGGUUGGCCAAGUGCAAGGUCAAGGAGUACGUUGACGUAGUCAGGUGCUUCAAGUGCCAGCACUUCGGUCACAGGGCUCUGAAGUGUGUGCAGACGGUGGACACUUGCGGGCGCUGCGCGGUCAAGGGCCAUAGGGCCAAGGACUGCAAGAGCGUGCCGGUCAAGUGCGCCAACUGUGGCCUGGCUGCUCAGUCGGGGCACAGCGGUUGUGUGGCUCUUCACAAGGCGACCAUCACGGUUGCCCGUAGGACAGAUUUCGGCUCAAAAUGA